CCAGUAGGAAAAGGCGUUUCCAUCCACGAUCCGGCAAGACUGUGUAGCUUAUCCUACUUACACCCCGACGGACGCAUCGAACUUGCCUGGACCAAAACACAACGCACUUAUCCACACUAGCCAAUAGAAUUUCAACAUAAGAAUUGCUUUUGUAAUCGCUUUUAUAUAUUUAGGCUAUACAAUAAAAUCCAUUACAAGACAGCGGUCUAUAGCUAACGACUACAUUCUGGAUAGAGGAGCUGACUGAGGAAGAGUAAUUUGCAGCAAGAUUGUAUGCGUGUACAUCGAAUAGAAAUCACAUUUUAAUAAAGUUUUGUGAUAGAAGUGAACACUUUCUCUUACGCACAGACACAGGUCAUCUCUCGCCCUUCGCUGACUCAUAGCCUACACAGAACCCAGGACCAUGUCGGAGUACAGCUCUUUGCUCAGCGACCUGUCUGAAAACAUCACCAAUGAGGACUUGGACCAGCUGAAGUCUGCCUGCAAGGAGGACAUCACAGAGGACCAGAGCAACACCAUCACCUCCUCCAAGGAAUGGUUCAACUACCUGGAGGAGAACCAAAAGCUGGCACAGGAUAACCUGUCGUACAUUGAGCAUAUCUUUGAGAUCUCACGGCGACCAGACCUGCUGACCCGUGUCAUCGAGUACCGCACCACGGUUCUCAAGAUCUCUGAGGACGAUGAGAUCGACACCAAGCUCACACGCAUCCCCUCUGCCAAGAAAUACAAAGAUAUCAUUCGCCAACCCUCUGAAGACGAGAUCAUCAAGCUGGCUCCUCCCCCUAAAAAAGUGUGAGGUCUACACCUCUGACCUUUGCACUUAGACCCCUGGCACUCCAACCAUCUCGACCCCCCUCCUCCUCCCGCCUCCCCCCAGUUCCACUAACACAAACCAUAUUACACAGAGACGCUAGCAACACCUCUCCAAUCAACCAAUCAGAUCGCCAUGAUGCUUCACCGCCCCUUUAUCCAAAGCUAAGGAAGAGCUGAAGAUGAAAGAUGGAGAGAAUGAAUCCCCCUUGUUAAAAGAUGUGUUGGUCAGUUUAGAGCUUGUGUACGUACCUGUACUAGUAACACUGUUUUAAGAAAAUGUGUAAGUGUGUGUCUGAAUGCGUUUCUCGUGCGCGCGCGCAUGUGUGUGUGUGUGUGUGUGUCUGUGUCUGUGUCUGUGUCUGUGUCUGUGUGUGUGUGUUCAAACAUAUCUCUCUUUGUGUUUGUAUGGGAUCCCCUCUAGUUCGACCUAGAAAAGUUGCAGGAAAAGCAGCAUUAUAUCAGAUGACCUAUUUGCAUGACCUGUGUUAGGCCUUUAGGAUGAACAUGCUGCCAUUAGGUACAUAGAUUUGCAACCAUAUCCUUCAAUCAAUCUUGCAGUACACCUGAAUUGCUAUUCCACUAAGAUACAAAUCAAUGGGAGACUAAGUGAAAAUGUCACUUAAGUGGAAGUAGGAUUCCACUCAACUUAGCAUUAUGCACUGCGCUUUAUCAGUGGAGCAAAAUGAAAGCUAUAGUACAGGUGUCAUAUUUCCUUUAGUCAAAACUCAGACCAAAUCCUCAGAUCAUUGGAUAUUAAAAAGUGUUUCGUUAGGUAUUCAUACAAAAAGCCAAUAUUUGCCUUUAGCCUAGCCAUAGCAUGGAAUUAUCGAAGAAGAAAGUGUUAUAAGGAUAUUAUAUGUAUUCUGAUAUUUAUAUGGUAUUACACCAUGACAAUAGCAUCAUUUGAUCGUCUUUUUGGUUUUGUUGACCUAAAAUUAACUUGCAAUCCUAUACCCUACAUUGUUAUAAGGACCAAUAGAAUUCACAUACAUGGGGGAAAUAAAGCCUAUAGGCUACUCUCUGUAUUGUUCAUACUAAGCUUUGAGUAUGUAAUGUAUAAUUAUAUAGUUAUGUAUUAUAUAUCAUAUAUACAUGUAUAAUUAUAUUUUAUAAUCAUAUAUCAUUAUUUAAGUCUAUGGUAUGAAAGAUUGAAAGCUAACUCUAAGGCUAGGUUUAGGCUAAUGCAAUCAGGGAACUCUCAUUACAGUGCUGUGUAAUGUGAUUCCAACGGUAAUCUAACGUCUGUCAAAUAAUAUUGUUUUUAAACAGUGAUUUUACACAAAGAUUCAAUGCUCCUUUAAUAAUGUGACAUCGUAUUUUAAAAAGACACCUUAUUGUAAACCUUAUUAUAAAAACAUAUACAAAAUUCUUAUAUUAAUCAAUUUAAAAACUCUAUAUGAAACACUAUCUGAUAUUAGAAAAACUAAAAUAUAUAUAUUUUAUAAGGAUAUAAAAUAUGUAUUAUAUUUACUGUGUUUGAAUAAGAAUCAACGUCUUUCUGCUCCGAAAGUGCCACUCAAAUUCCAAGCCCAACGUUUUUCAGGCCAUAAAACAACUGACCAAUCAGGGGGAGGGACUACAGUCUCUGAAAGAAAUGUAAGGAAAUAGCAAAACGGUAGAUAGAAGCAGAAAAAGAAAAACUGCCGCUAUAUCAUGAAAAAAAAUACAAUAUAUAAACCAAUGAUAUACAUACAUAGAUCAUAAUGUGUUUUGUGAAAAGCCCAAGUACUGCAUUAAUCAUCAAUACACACACGACAGUGCACUAUACUUUAAAUCAGGUAUGUUAAACUCAUUCCAUGGAGGGCCUAGUGUCUGCAGCUUUUUGCUUUUUCCUUUCAAUUAAGACCUAGACAACCAGGUGUGGGGAGUUCCUUACUAAUUAGUGACCUUAAUUCAUCAAUCAAGUACAAGGGAGGAGCGAAACCCCGCAGACACUCGCCCCUCAGUGGAAUGAGAUUGACAACUGUGCUGUAAAUAUCCAAUUCACCUAAUCCUUAACACCAUUUGGGUCUCAGUCACCAUACAUAAAACAAAGCAAGAUUGUUGAUUCAAAAAAACAAAUGACUCAUGUAUAUUACACUGUGUUUCCUCCCUACGAAGAAGUCUCAGCAGAAUUCGGUGUACACACUCCAUGAAAACUAAUGUGUGUGAGCAUGUGUGGUUGCACCCACACACGUGUACAGUCAGUACACAUCAUGUUCAAUCUCACUCGUAAAGACGGGGGACUAUUUUGCGAGUUUGCUGAGGGCUUCACGACUCACGACUGGUCUGUGUAGAUGUCUGCCAAACUAAAGGGUCUAGGCAGGGAUACUGAUUAUAAGUGUGUGAGCUGAGGGCUCCUGAUCCUGAUGAAACCUUCACAGAGGUCCUAAGAUCUCAAAAACACCUAUACAACGAACUCUAUAAUUGCACAGUCAUGGCCACUACUUUCUUUGGGGAAAAAACAGCCUUUUCUCUCCUAUAGCCUCUACUCUCACCUCUCCCCACACCCCCUCUUUCCCUACCCCCAGUGCCAAUGACCAAGACUUUUAUUUCCAUCGCAGUUUCUGUGAUCUGGUUUUGUAUUGCUCGCUGUUAAACGUAUAGUGUUGGAACUUAUUAGUAUCCUAUGCACUUAUCUUUGAUAUAUACACCUCCACAUGUAUUAUCCUCAUUAUGUAAACCAGAGACUGUAAUCAUGAAGUGCUUUAGAAUAGGAUUCGUGAUCUAGGAUCAGGUCCCCCCUGUCUAUAUAAUCAUUAUGCAUUAUAAUCUGAAAGGCAAAACUGAUCCUAGAUCAGCACUCCUACUCUGAGACUAACUACUGAACUGAGUCAAAAAUAGUAUUGUAAAUAUAUUCAGGGCCAAUUGUUUGUAAGGUUGACUGCCAAGCAAGCCCCCCUUAGGAAGCCAGAACCCCUUUAUGGUGAAGCGGUGGCUGCUGUUAAUGAACCCUGUGCCAAAAUGUGUAAUCUGAUCCUAGAUCUGUUGUUUGGUGAGACUUCUAAUCUACUGUAAUUUGUGCUGAAUGGGUUAUGGUUAGUAUUACCUGUUGCUAGGGAGCAGCAGUUCGUAUUGCAGGCCAGGGAAAUCAGUUGUACUUACCGCUAUGAUCUGUGUGUGCUGGUAGACAGGGUAGCUAUGUGCUUAUCUUGCUGGAGGAAGAGUUUGUGUCGGAUGACCAUUAUAGAUCCUCUUAGGCUUACUAUUUCACUUACCACUAACAGAUCUCUGAAGAAAAGCAGAGAAAUUGUCGUAACAGUAAUAAGGAGUUAUAAACAAAGUGUGUCCAAAAACAAAAAAACAUAUUUUUAAAUACAAAAAAAAUGUAAAUUCUUAUGAGGAUCGCAAGGGAGGUGUUGGUUUCUUGUUAGUUUUUUGUCUUGUUUUUGUUUUGUGUUCAAAAAAAAUACUUAAAAAGUAAGUAGGGAUGUUUGAAUCUGUGUUUGUGGCCAUGCUGCUUAGGUAUUUUUUUCAUGUCAGAAUUCCACUGUGGUUAGUGGACUGUGCCAUGUUAGCGAUUGUGUUGUAGGAUAUCAGUAGAUAGAGGGAUGGGUAAACCUCACACACACACACACAAUGCAAACACACACACAUACACAAAAACAACGCACCGAUAAACUCAAUAAUAAUACUAAUCAAUUGCCCUAUACUAAUAGGGACCAACCUUCACUUUACAGCAUUCACGAUUCUCCUCAUAUCUAAACACAUUUGUAUUUGGGAUUGUUUACGUGUUGUUGUAGCUACUGUAGCCUAUGCAUAUUUUUAUAUUUCAGCCCAGAAAAUGAAUUCAAGCAAUGAGGAAGUUGCCAUAUGUUUUACUAAGAAUGCAACCACCCCCCCUUUCAUUCCUGUUCUCAGAAAAAACACUGAAAUCACCUCUCCUUCUUUCUCACCCCCUCUUCCACACAUCCUCUCCCGCUCCCUUCCUCCCUCCCAAUGGCAACUCUGAUAUAGUCCUUUCCCCAUUGGCUACAAUGCAAAGACCACAAGGAAGGACUCACACUGUGUGAGAUACAACCAUAGGUUCUUAGGUGACGUUUUAAUUUCAUGGUUUCUUUUUAAUCCAACCUUACAUAUGCCAAGUACAGUAAAAUGGAUAGAACUGUUCAUAGCUGAGAUGGCCAAGAUCAAUUCUGAUUCAUUGGGGCUUUAUGACAUCAGCCUAAUGUUCUAUACCUAUGGUAAAAUCUCAAACCCAUAAGGCUCUGUGUGGAUUUCGUAUCUUUCUGAUUUGUUAGAAAUUAUGUGUAUGACAUCGUUUAGCUUUUUAUGUGGCCAUUGGCACAUACAAUAACUACAUAUCACUCACAAAUGAUGUCAAUUUGGAAUUCUGUGUACCUAUUACAUAUCAAGUUACAAAGAAAUGCUGAGAAAUAUAUAUUUUUAAAAAUGCAACAAAAAAUAUAAUAAUGAUAAUAAUAACAAUAAUAAUAAAUAUAGCAUAUAUGACAAAUAUCUAAGAAUAUAACCAAGGCAUACAUAAAUUAGAAUGAUAAUUUUAAGAUGUACAACAAAGCUUACCGUUAAAAUGAGCUCAUCAAACUACAAUUUAAAGUCAAACUUUUCAAACUGCAAGAGUUUUACCUUGCCCUUUUCCUUAAUUUGCAUUCAAUACACUUAAAUGAUGAAUGAAGGAAUUUUAAAGUCGUUAAUUUUUCCUUCGUUUUAUCUUUUUUUUUUAUUAGGUUGUACAUAUAUAUUGUGAAUUUAUAUCCAUGAGCUUGUUUUGUAAUGGAUUAAUGUAUUUAAUGCCAACAUAUUGUUUGUUUUUGUAUUUUUUGAAGUAUCCUGAUAUGUUAACUAACUGCAGACAAAUCAUGGGAUAGAAACGUGUCACUUAGCUGAUGUUGAGUAAGAAUUUAUAUUACACAGACCACACUUCAAUUUAUCUCUCUAUCCAUCUUUUAAUCUUUAUAUAUGGAUUUAGGGGUUGCAUUGUUUUUAAUAAUUAGGGGAUAUGACCACCUUUCUUAAAAAACAAGAAACAGAUUAUAUUCCAGUAUUUUAUUUUACAUUUAUUUUUAUUCUUAUCAUUUGAUGUAUUUAAGGGCAGCAGGUAGGCUAGUGGUUAGAGCGUUGAGCCAGUAACCGAAAGGGUGAAAAACCUGUCAAUGUGCCCUUGAGCAAGGCACUUAACCCUAUUUUGCUCCAGGGGCAUCAAACUACUAUGGUUGACUGACCCUGUUAAACAGCACAUUUCACUGCACUUAUCGGGUGUAUGUGCCAAUAAAAACAUCUUCCUUUUUUUUGGGGUGGACUACACACCCAAAAUACACCCAAGAUUAUCCAGACAGUUGCUAAUUUACAACAGAAGAUCCAUUGUGAUAAUCCCUUCACAUCAUUGUUGUGGCUUCGUUGUUUUUAUCGGAUUAUUGUCAUUGUUUUUGAUAGAAAUGCUUUUCUUUGUUGUGUCGUGAAAUGUAAUGAUCAAUAGGCAGGCCACUGGAUAGCAAAGCGAAAAUCAAAAGAACUCUAAAUACGUAUUCUCACUCAGAAGUUUGUUCCUUUAUUAUUAUUUUUUGCUGUAGAAUAAAGUGUUGAUCUGCAGUUGUGACCACAUGGAUAGAGAGAUAGAGACAGAUGAGGGGGCAUUUGGGGUCAGUGCAGUGAACUACUAGAUGAAAACCCAAAAUUCAGUCAAUCACAGAUAACUGUGAAAACCGGACAAUGGGUUUAUUCAAAAUGUUUGUGUUGUUUUUUUAAGAACAGGUGUGGUUUCUUCUCAAUAUUCAAUGACAAUAAGGUUUGCGAGAGGAACAACUUACUGGGUUUAUCGGUUUUAAUAGUUUUUUACAGGUUAGCGGUUUACACUUCCGAGCAUAAUAAUAAUGUGCAUGACCCCACAUUGUGGUUUUCCUUUAUCUGCAAUAGAUUGAACCCAGGGUCUGAGUUGGAUUUGAAGUGGCUGGUGAACUAUAGAUUACAAAGGUCUUAGGAUAAGUUCAAUAUUUUACAACUUAAGGUUAGAUGGUUCCUCACCAUGAAACCAACCCGAAACAUGGAUUGCAGUUUCUGUUUCCAAGGAAUACUAUGGAAGGAACCAUCUGCCAUUAGGUACUGAAAUAAAGAACUUCUAAGAUGUUGAAUGUUCAGAACUUGCCCAUGAUGCUAUACAAUAGGCUAGGCAGGUUGUGUUGGGUAUGUUUGUGUGGAGUUCUGUGUUGUUAGAGAGAAGUUAGUGAAGUUGAGGAUGUUGAAUGUCUGAAAGAUUUGUUAAGGAGAAACAGCAAUGACAAACAUGUUUGAUUUUGCAAUUACCACUGUUCAUCUUUAAACCAUGAGAGAAAGAGUUAUAAAAAGAGUGAGAGAGCAAAAAUGAUUUUAAAUUGUGCACAUGCUUUUUAAACCAUCCCUAUUCAACCCUCUAGGACUAAAUAGCAAAAUGUAAAAUGUGAAAAUGGACAAAUAAAUGUUUACAUUAAGCAAGCUUUCA